UUGCCAUAAAGAAAAUAACCUUAGUUUAUUACUCGCCCCUUUUACAGAUUGCAGUCGAUAAACGCCGCGCUGUAAGAGCGUCGUCACGUGUCACGUUUAUUAAUCCCAAUUGGUACUAGUUUUAUCCGUGGUUCUUUUGGCAUUUAAUUUAAGGUUAACAAGGAAAAUGGCUAGACAUUUGCAACCGACACCAUCAAUCGUCGUGGAAGAUGUCGACCGAAUUCAGACUCGUUUGGAAUUUCAGUCUCCACCAUCGUAUACACUAAAGAUCCAAGACAACAACAACUGUCAUUCGCCAUUGAGUCUGUGCGCCAGUUUCGGCAUAAUCAAACCCGAUGUCGACGCUUAUGUCACGCCCCUCUCUCUUUGCCAACAACCGUCGACGCCGAUUUCACCUUCCGUCCCAGUUUACUUUCCAUCGAGAGAAAAAGUCAUUGUGGUGUCUGGUGGUGCGAUGCCGCCAUGCUUGGCCACGUCAGGAUUGGAGAGCAGCUUCACUUCCGUCGAUAUUGGCGGCCCAAAUCACCCAGCCGCUAGAUCUAUUGGCGAUAAUGAUUCUAGUUGGAAUUCCGAUGUUAGCCAUCAAACCACUGGUUGCUUCGAUCUCAAAUCGGGUCUGAUUUGCGUAACACGGGCUAUUACUGGUAGUGUCGAUCCAACAAGAGAAAAGUGUGAUCACCACCGAGUCGACAUGAGUGAAAGUCCUUUAGAAUUGCAUCCAGUCAAAUCUGGACGACCAUCAGGGGUGCAUGGGUCCAAGAAAAGAAUGUCAGCGUGUUCCAUGAUUGGCAUUUUCUUCAUCUGCCUCGCAGUAGUCGGACUAGUCGCUAUUGGAAUCGCAAUGUACAUCGAAUUCGUGUCGAAGCCGUUGUGGAUCGCGAAAAGUAAGCUACCGGUAUUGAACGAGACUACGAUAUGCGACUAUCUGCUUGACAGCUGUGAUAAUAGCACUUUGUUGGCUACCACUGCUGCUGAGCUAGCUGCAGGCAAUCAAAAAAAUUUCACAUUGGAAAGCGGUAGAGUGGAAGCGACAUUUAGCAGCAAUUUUACCAGCCAAAUCUCCAGCAAACUUCCUGCAAAAGCAGCAUGAAUAAUCUAGUCCUUUAAGAGACUACUCACGUUUUAUUUUAAACACUAAACGAAAUUUAUGGUGUCGAAAAGAAAUUGAUAUGAUUUUAGAUUCUUGAUUGUUUAUUUGCAAAUUUUAUGUAUAUGAUGAGCCCAUUUUAUCACACAAUACAGUAUUAAAAUAUUAUCUC